AUGCACUCGUACCUUUAUAUUAAAGCGGGGACGAAACCUCAUAAUUUAACUAGUAAACCAUCAGAAGUUAUUAAAAAUGAAGGAAUAAUUGGAUUUUGUACAGUCUAUGUAUUUCCUUACUUGGCAGUUUCAGUAGCAAUCUUAAUAUCAAGUUAUUACAUUUUUCUUAUGAUUGGACAACAGUAUAAGGCGGAAUUAUUACACGAAAGAGAUUUAUCAUCUUGGUAUCUUUUUGAUUUGAUUUUCUACUUUUCCACAGUAUUCGGAGCGUUAUUAAGAUUAUGGUGUUAUAGGUCGUUGGAUGAGUUUUUCACUUUUGAUAUUAAGGUUCAAAAGGAUCAUAAAUUAAUCACAACCGGUCCAUACUCUUUACUAAUUCAUCCAUCUGUAAGUGUCUGA